AUGGGGACUCAUAAAUUCUACGCUGCUUUUGUCUUUCUAGUACUCUACAUGUUUUGUCUAUUGAUCAUCACAGCUACUACAAGUUCCCAUUGGCAUGGCAAGAGACCAAAGGCUACACAAAACUGGUUGAAUCAUGGUGGAGAUUUGCAUAAUAGAAGAUAUGCAAACAUGGAGACCAAAAUCAGCACUACAACUGUUUCCAAACUAUGUCUAAAGUGGAAGUUCUUUGCAGGUGAUGAUAUAUCAGCAACACCAGUGGCGGCGCCACCAACACCAGCAAUUUUCAAUGGCACCCUUUAUUUCCCAAGCUAUAAUGGCAACAUCUAUGCUGUCAAUGCAUGUAAUGGGACUCUUGGUUGGGAGAAGAACUUGCAUGAGUUGACUGGCAUUAAUGCGACCGGGUUUGUACCUACUCUCACCUACGUAGUUUCAAGAUCAACGCCGACGAUAGUUGGCGAUCAUGAUCUCCUCAUUGUUGGAAUCUAUGGGCCAGCUGUUGUUAUUGCUGUUAAAAGAUCAACUGGGGAGCUUGUUUGGUCAACACAGCUUGAUAACCAUGCUGUAGGACCAGGACUCAUCACCAUGUCUGGAACUUAUUACAAAGGGGGUUACUAUGUUGGUACAUUUUCACUAGAAGAACUCCUUGGCAUCGGACAAUGCUGUACCUUUCGUGGUAGCUUAUCCAAAUUAGAUGUUCAUUCUGGCACUGUUUUAUGGCAAAAUUUUAUGUUGCCUGAUAGCCAUAACAAAAUUGGAGGAUAUGCUGGAUCUGCUAUAUUUGGAAGUAGCCCGUCCAUUGAUAUUACAAGGAAGCAUGUCUACAUUGCCACCAGGAACUUAUACUCAGCUCCCUUAAAUGUAACCCAAUGUCAACACAAGAAGAAUAAUCAAACGGUGCCAACUCAUCCAGAUGAAUGUGUUGAGCCUGAUAACCACUCAGAAUCAAUCCUAGAACUUGAUCUAGGUUCUGGCAAGAUGAAAUGGUUUCACCAACUAGGAGGCUAUGAUGUGUUUUUCGUUGCAUGUAACAAUCUUUCAACCGCCAAUUGCCCACCUGGUCCAGACCCAGAUGCUGAUUUCGGUGAGGCACCUUUAAUGCUUAGUGUAAGGAGGAAUAAGACCAAACUAGAUAGGGUGUGCAUAGUUCAGAAAAGUGGAUUUUCUUGGGCUUUGGAUCGCAAUAAUGGAAGCCUCAUAUGGGUUAUAGAUCUCACGGCAUUGUUCAUGAUCCAGCCAAAUACACAAAAACGUGCAUAUUAA